AUGUUUCCCGACGUAAAAUUCAUAACACAAACAGAAUUUGAAUCUUGGAUAAAAAGCCAAAAGCAAUCUGGCCACUUAGCACUAGCAGAACACAUUACAAUCAAAGAAAUUGGUACUGAAGCAGUAUUUCAUACUCUAGAUGAUUUGGAACUUAACACUUACGAAGGUGAAGCUUCCAAAAUAUCAAAAAUAAUGAGGCCAUAUAUUGGGAUUCAUUGGCGCAUGGAACAAGGCGUCCCCGAAAAAAUGGCAGAAUGCGCUAAUAGACUGGUCGAGAUGGUUUCAAAAAUUAAAAAAUCGACUGGAAUUGAGAAUGUAUAUCUGGCAACUGAUUAUGCGAUUAAUGAUGAUGGCAAGUCAUUAUCUGAAAGCUUUCAAAUUACAGAGCAUCAUAACUCAGACAUCAAAGCUUUAAGAAUAAUGAAGAUGGAGAAGAGCGUAUAA